CUUUUUUGAUGACUUUUAGUUGAAAAUUGAUUUUAUUCGAUAUUAGAAUGGCUAUUCCAGCUUGCUUCUUCCGACCAUUUGCUUGGAAAGUUGUUUUCCAGCCUUUCACUCUGAGGUAGUGUCUGUCUUUGUCUCUUAGGUGUGUUUCCCGUAGGCAGCAGAAUGCAGGGUCCUCGUUGCGUAUCCAGUUUGUUAAUCUAUGUCUUUUUAUUGGAGUUGAGACCAUUGAUGUUGAGAGAUAUUAAGGAAUAGUGAUUAUUGCUUCCUGUUAUAUUCAUAUUUGGAUGUGAGGUUAUGUUUGUGUGCUUUUCUUCUCUUUGUUUUGUUGCCAAGUUGAUUAGUUUCUUGCUUUUUCUAGGGUGUAGCUUGUCUCCUUAUGUUGGGCUUUACCAUUUAUUAUCUUUUGUAGAAAAAUAUCGUGUAAAUUUGGUUUUGUCAUGGAAUAUCUUGGUUUCUUCAUCUAUAUUAAUUGAUAGUUUUGCAGGAUACAGUAACCUGGGCUGGCAUUUGUGUUCUCUUAGGGUCUGUAUGACAUCUGUCUAGGGUCUUCUGGUUUUCAUAUCUCUGGCAAGAAGUCUGGUGUGAUUCUGAUAGGUCUGCCUUUAUAUGUUACUUGACCUUUUUCCCUUGCUGCUUUUAAUAUCUUUCUUUAUUUUGUGCGUUUGGUGUUUUGACUAUUAUGUGACAGGAAGAGUUUCUUUUCUGGUCCAAUCUAUUUGGAGUUCUGUAGGCUUCUUAUAUGCUUAUGGGCAUCUCUUUCUUUAGGUUAGGGAAGUUUUCUUCUAUGAUUUUGUUGAAGAUAUUUACUGGUCCUUUGAGCUGGGAGUCUUCACUCUCUUCUAUACCUAUUAUCCUUAGGUUUGAUCUUUUCAUUGAGUCCUGGAUUUCCUGUAUGUUUUGGACCAGUACUUCAGUUUUACAUUAUCUUUGACAGUUGUGUCAAUGAUUUCUAUGGAAUCUUCUGCUCCUGAGAUUCUCUCUUCUAUCUCUUGUAUUCUGUUGGUGAUGCUUGUAUCUACGGCUCCUUGUCCCUUCCUUUGGUGUUCUAUAUCCAGGGUUGUUUCCCUGUGUUCUUUCUUGAUUGCUUCUAUUUCCAUUUUUAAUUCCUUCAACUGUUUGAUUGUGUUUUCCUAGAAUUCUUUCAGGGAUUUUUGUGAUUCCUCUCUGUAGGCUUCUACUUGUUUAUUUAUGUUUUCCUGCGUUUCUCUAAGGGAGUUCUUCAUGUCUUUCUUGAAGUCCUCCAGCAUCAUGAUCAAAUAUGAUUUUCCAUCUAGAUCUUGCUUUUCUGGUGUGUUUGGAUAUUCAGUGUUUGCUUUGGUGGGAGAAUUGGGCUCUUAUGAUGCCAUGUAGUCUUGGUUUCUGUUGCUUGGGUUCCUGCGCUUGCCUCUCGCCAUCAGAUUAUCUCUGGUGUUACUUUGUUCUGCUAUUUCUGACAGUGGCUAGACUGUCCUAUAAGCCUGUGUGUCAGGAGUGCUGUAGACCUGUUUUCCUAUUUUCUUUCAGCCAGUUAUGGGAACAGAGUGUUCUGCUUUCGGGCGUGUAGUUUUUCCUGUCUACUGGUCUUCAGCUGUUCCUGUGGGCCUAUGUCCUGAGUUCACCAGGCAGGUUGCUUGGAGCAGAAAAGUUGGUCUUACAUGUGGUCCCGAGGCUCAAGUUUGCUCUUGGGGUGUUGCUUAUGAGCUCUCCAUGAGGGCAGCAACCAGGAGGACCUGUGCCGCCCUUUCCGGGAGCCCCCAUGCACCAGGGUCCCAGAUGGCGUUUGGUGUUUUCCUCUGGAGUCAGAAAUGUGGGCAGAGUGUAGUCUUUUCUGGCUUCCCAGGUGUGUCUGCCUCUCUGAAGAUUCAGCUCUCCCUCCCAUGGGAUUUGGGUACAGAGAACUGCUGAUCUGGUCCCUUCAGGUUCCGGAGGUGUCUCGGGCACAGGGGACCUGCAACUCCAGUGCCCUUAUCUACCGGAUCCCAGAGGCCGUAUCUGUAUGACUCUUUCAAUUAAAAUGAAGAUAAGUAUUCAAGGCCAGCCUGGUCUGCAUAGUAAGUUUUAGGUCAGCCAAAGCUACACAUUGAAACCAGUCUCAAAGAAAAACCACAACAACACGAAUUAAGAUAAAUGAUUAAAUUACAGGGAUUCUUUGUUCACAGUAAAGAUUUGCUUGGCAUUAGAGAGAGGUUUCUAAGUUUUUGUAGUUCUUGGAUCCCAUAAAUAGAAAAAUUUCAUGAUGGCAGUCUGGUAUGGCAGGGCGUGACUAUAAUUCCAGAAGAGGCAAGAUGAUCAGGAUUUCAAUGUCAGACUAAGCUAUAGAGAGAGCCAGACUCUAUUUCAAACAAAGAAAGAUACAAACAACUCCACCUAAAACAAAAGAAAAACCCAAACCCAAACCAAAAAAAGCACAAGAUGAACAUAUACAUACUAAUAUAUAUGUACACACACAUGUAUAUUGUAUAUGCAUAUAUAUAUAAAUACACAUAUUUAUAUACAUGUAUAUCUACAUUAUAUAUACACAUAUAUAUAUACAUAUGCCCCUGUAGAUCUUUGUGUUAUAUAAAUCUAAACUUAUGAGGACAGUAGCAGUGUUUUGAGUGUCAUCUUUGAAUCCAGAGAACAGAACUGAAGUUAUCAAAACAAGAAUUGUUGGUUCAUAGUUGUGUCCUAAGGACUUGAUGACACAAUUCAAAGAAGCGUUUGCUCUGCAGCUGCUGUUAUGAUAAAUAGUUUGGAUCUGCAUCCCACCCUCAUUAUUAGAAAAGCAUACUCUUAUGUACUAUGUUGCUCCCUGAGUCCCUACCCAGCAUCUCCCUAGCUUUUUUCUGGGAAAAAGCCUUGCAUAUGCUGCCUAUAGCUAAGGUGGAGAGGUCCUGACCUGUCCAAGUCCUAAGGAGUGGGCAUUUCAUGUGCCCGGACACAGAGAAUAACACAGAAAUAAGCUUAUUAUCUAAGUCAUGACAGAGGGACUCAAUCUUGGGGUAUUUUCUUCAAUUAGUGAGAAGAAAGCACUGUCCUUCUACUGAGUGGGGAAUAGGCCUGAAUGAGAGGAGAGAAACGAGAGGGGAGGGGGGGAGAGAGAGAGAGGGAGAGAGAGAGAGAGAGAGAGAGAGAGAGAGAGAGAGAGAGAGAGAGAGAGAGACUCUUACUUAAAUCAUCUUGGGAGUGAGUCCCACAGUCAGAUGCCAGGAUUUCUCAUUUAUAUGAACACGUAGGUUAUUUUUAUUAAAGCCAUUUGAAUUAGUUCUUAAUACUUGAAAUAAAUGCAACCAAAGCCAGCACUCCUGAUGCGGGGUGACCACAUGGAACAUUACUUUGGUGUUGACAUACUCACCCCAUUUUAUGGUUUAUUUACUAUGCUUCACUUUCUAGCAGUGUGAGGGAGCAGGGGUGAUGUAAUGAAAGUCACUACUGUUUAAACAGCCACUGCCAGAUGAUUUGAUUAGCAUUGUCAAAGAACAGAAUGCAAACAAGAUGAUAUAGCUAGAUAAAUUUCAGACUUUCAGUUUAUGUUAUUUUGAAAAUAGAAAAGUUUAUAGAUGUUUUUCUUCUUUGGUUAAGUAAAAGAAGUUGAAACUUGAUUAUGUUGUGAAUAUGAACUUCUCUGUUUCAGUUUGACAUUUUUGUUAGAUGUCUGCCUUCUACCAGAAUGGGAGUCCUGUGCUUCAUCUGCCUAUGUUUGACAUUUUCAUAUGCUAAUCCUAUUCAUUACUAUAUAAUUCUACUUAAGAUCAACUGUAAUGGAUUUGCUUCAAAUUACAGAUUUCACUAGUUAAAAAAAAAAACAAAACAGGAAUAAGUGCUGUAGUACAGAUUGUGAUGUUUGCCUGGAAAAAAAUAAUCUGUAUUUGAGAGGAAAAUUAUUCUCCACAUGUAGUUAUGGAGAGUCUAUCUGAUUUUUAUAAGUUAUAUUUAAAGGGGGAUGCUUUGAUAUAUAUUAUUUACAUAGCCUUUUAGGAGUUCUCCACUUGUAUGUUUUAAUAGGACCUGAAACACACAUGAAAAGACCAGGCUAAUAUGCUCUUUCCUUCAGCACACACUGGGCCUUUUUGUUGUAAGAUUUUAUUGCUUAAAAGUUAAAAACAUCAUCAGAAAUAGCAUCCUGGCUUUCCUGUUUUUCAUCCACACAUUCUCAAUCAAAUUUGCUCUUCUUUACUGCAAGCCUUCCGUGCCAGUACUGUAGGUUUUCUCCCUGGGCCUGAUAAACAUAGUCUUCAGAUUUGAUAAUCUCAGACAGCAGUCUCAGGGCUGUGGAGGUGCCACUGGGACAUGGCCUUGCUUAGAGUUUGGAGUGCUGACUACCAGUUUAAAAGAGUAACACUCACAUUGGAGUGAUUUAGGAUGUAGGAUGGGUAAAGAUCUUUUCCUAAUCUGUUGGUUGCCGUUUUGUCCUAACCACAGUGUCCUUUGCCUUACAGAAGCUUUGCAGUUUUAUGAGGUCCCAUUUGUUGAUUCUUGAUCUUAGAGCAUAAGCCAUUGGUGUUCUGUUCAGGAAAUUUUCCCCAGUGCCCAUGUGUUCCAGAUUCUUCCCCACUUUCUCUUCUAUUAGUUUGAGUGUAUCUGGUUUGAUGUGGAGGUCCUUGAUCCACUUGGACUUGAGCUUUGUACAAGGAGAUAAGAAUGGAUUGAUUUGCAUUCUUCUACAUGCUGACUUCCAGUUGAACCAGCACCAUUUGUUGAAAAUGCUAUCUUUUUUUUCCCACUUUUUUGGUUUUAGCUUCUCUGUCAAAGAUCAAGUUGGGGUUCACUUCUGGGUCUUCAAUUCUAUUCCACUGGUCUACCUGUCUGUAGGGAUUACAGAUGUGAGUCACUCUUCCCUGCUCUAGUUUGUGUCUUUGCACAAAUCAUCUAGUAGGAAUGGGACAUCUCUGUGAUUCUAAGUUGCUCUUUACUUAAUGUUGUACACUGUCUUUUACCAGAUUGCGCACCAAGUUCAUACAGAUGUGCAUGGGACCCCAAGUGUAUCUCACCCACGUUUGGUGAGACCUGCUUGCUAUUUCAUUUUAUACUGAAAAACCAAUUAAGUUUAUACAUUAUUUAAAAAAAUUCUUUAGCUUGACAAGUUGUAAUUAUUUGUAAUUUGGGAGAACAUGGCAAUCUGUAUGUAGUGUGAAAUGUUAGAAUUAAGCUAGUUCAUACACCUGCCACCUUUCAUUCUUAUCAGCUAUGGCUCUCACCUCGGCACAACGUGGUCUUUUGACCAAAAACUAUUCCUGAACUGCAUUCCUACUCUGUGCACACUGCUCUGUCUCUUUACUGUUAGCAUUUUAGAUUUCCUGCAAAGGAGAAAGAACAUGUGGGCUUUGACUUAGCAGUAAGGCCUUCUUCCCAAAGGCCUUGGGGUACUCCUUCCAACAGGAGUCUGAAGAUUUUCUUCUUUUCCUGAGUGAAGACACCGUUCCUCUUUUCUGAGGGAAUACAUAUUGACAUUUUCCUGAUAACUGUGAACUUUUAUAAAGUCCUUUUCUUUUUUUCUUAGAGUUUUUCUUUGAUUUGUAAAUAUGUCAUUUCUGGACCAUGUAGCAAAGAUCGCAUAGAAUCUGCCUUCUUUCAGUUUUAGAAUUGGUUAAAGUUGAGAAAUGUUUUGCAUCUGUGUUCGUAAAUGAGAUUAGUCAUAAUUUUCUCUUCUUACAGCAUCUGCAUUUGGCUUUGGAAUUAAGAACACUGUAGCCUUGUAAAAUAAAGGAUUCCAAGGUUACCUUCCCUUGGAGGACUUUGCAAUUUAAAUAUACACUGUAACUGGGAGAGAGAUUAUUUUAUCCUUAAAGUAUUUUGAAACAUCAACUUAAGAUAUUGGUGUUGUCAUUGUUGGGGGAGGGGGUGUGGAUAUGGAGGAAGUUGGGAUAGAGAAGAUGGAAAAGUCUGGGUAUCUUCAUUGGUCAAAACAAUAGCAGGGUUACUGUUGUGCUUCUGUCUUUGGUUAUUCUAUAAGGCUUUUGGAACACUCAGUUGGGAGUAUGAUGAGAACAGCAGGUUUGGAAAUGUCUGUGAAAGUGUGAACUAAACAGAAGGUUUCUGCAGCCAAUGGGAGUUCAUGUGAGUUCCUCUGCAUACAUUGAAAAUGGUACAGCUUCUCUUUCAGGCUUGCUGCUCUCAGCUCCUGGUCAUUUUGAGCCGUGUAUGGCACCCAUGUCCCUGCAAGUCUCUUCUUGGGGCCAGUUUCAGCCCAUUUUGCCUCUAUGUGGGGAGAAAUAGCUGUAGUUCCUCUCCUAGGAAAAAGCCGACUGAUGCCAAAGUUAGGAACUCUUGGGCUUCAUGCAUGUGCAUUGUGGCCAGUGGUUUCUUACAAAUGAGCAAAUGUGCUUGCUGUCUAGAAUCCUUGCCUCUUCUAAAAGUGGGACAGUUUUAAUCAGUGCAGUGUUGGGGCUUGUGCUGUAUGCCAGGUACUAGAUACUCAGAGGUGACUGUUCUUCCUGUUUUCCACCUUUUCCUCUAUGGCUUGCUCCUUUUCUGAUACCACAGGUUUCUGUUUCUCUUUUACUUUGCCUGUCAAAGCAAAGAACCUUUUAAUAGGAAUUUCAAGUUGAAGUCAAGUUCCUUCCUGAGAAGACCUGCACUAGCUUGUGAACAAGGCUUGUUUGUUUGUUUAUUUAGAACCCAGUGUCAGUGAGGGCACAAUGCCACUUGACUCCUGUGGGGACUCCCUUCCCUCCUCUGUUCUGUGGGCUUGGACUGUUGUCCUAAAGACAGAAACUCGAUGAAGGUGAGAGGAUGGAGGAUCAGACCAUGCAUGAUUGUCUGAUGCUGUCCUUAUUGACAAAAUAAGAAUGUCUUCCAAGCAAGCCACCUCUCCAUUUGCCUGUACAGUGGAUGGAGAGGAAACAAUGACCCAGGAUUUGACCUCAAGGGAAAAGGAAGAGGGCAGUGAUCAACACCCGGCCUCCCAUCUGCCUCUGCACCCCAUAAUGCACAACAAACCUCACUCUGAGGAGCUGCCGACGCUUGUCAGUACCAUUCAACAAGAUGCUGACUGGGACAGCGUUCUGUCAUCUCAGCAAAGAAUGGAGUCAGAGAAUAAUAAGUUAUGUUCCCUAUAUUCCUUCCGAAAUACGUCUACCUCACCACAUAAGCCUGACGAAGGGAGUCGGGAGCGGGAAAUAAUGAACAGUGUUACUUUUGGAACCCCGGAACGCCGCAAAGGGAGCCUUGCCGAUGUGGUGGAUACGCUGAAGCAGAAGAAGCUGGAGGAGAUGACUCGGACGGAACAAGAGGAUUCCUCCUGCAUGGAAAAACUACUUUCAAAAGAUUGGAAGGAAAAAAUGGAAAGACUAAAUACGAGUGAACUUCUUGGAGAAAUCAAAGGUACACCUGAGAGCCUUGCAGAGAAAGAACGGCAACUCUCCACCAUGAUUACCCAGCUGAUCAGCUUGCGGGAGCAGCUCCUGGCAGCGCACGAUGAACAGAAAAAGCUGGCAGCCUCGCAGAUCGAGAAACAGCGGCAGCAAAUGGACCUUGCUCGCCAACAGCAAGAACAGAUCGCAAGACAACAGCAGCAACUUCUACAGCAGCAGCACAAGAUUAAUCUCCUGCAGCAACAGAUCCAGCAGGUUCAGGGGCACAUGCCUCCGCUCAUGAUCCCAAUUUUUCCACAUGACCAGCGGACCUUGGCAGCAGCUGCUGCCGCCCAACAGGGAUUCCUCUUCCCCCCUGGAAUAACAUACAAGCCAGGUGAUAACUACCCCGUACAGUUCAUUCCGUCAACAAUGGCAGCUGCUGCUGCUUCUGGACUCAGCCCUUUACAGCUUCAGAAGGGUCAUGUAUCUCACCCACAAAUUAACCCAAGGCUAAAGGGCAUAAGUGACCGUUUGGGCAGGAAUUUGGACCCCUAUGAACAUGGUGGUGGCCACUCUUACAACCACAAACAGAUUGAGCAGCUCUAUGCCGCUCAGCUGGCCAGCAUGCAGGUGUCACCUGGAGCAAAGAUGCCAUCAACUCCGCAGCCACCAAACUCAGCAGGGGCGGUCUCACCUACUGGGAUAAAAAAUGAAAAGAGAGGGACCAGCCCUGUAACUCAAGUUAAGGAUGAAACAACAGCCCAGCCACUGAAUCUCUCAUCCCGGCCGAAGACAGCAGAGCCUGUGAAGUCCCCAACAUCUCCCACCCAGAGCCUCUUCCCAGCCAGCAAAACCAGCCCUGUCAACCUGCCAAACAAGAGCAGCAUCCCCAGCCCCAUCGGGGGAAGCCUGGGGAGAGGAUCCUCUUUAGAUAUACUAUCCAGUCUCAACUCUCCUGCCCUGUUUGGGGACCAGGACACAGUGAUGAAAGCUAUCCAGGAGGCUCGGAAGAUGCGAGAACAGAUCCAGCGGGAGCAGCAACAGCAGCCGCACGGAGUUGAUGGGAAGCUGUCCUCCAUGAACAGCAUGGGGCUGAGCAACUGCAGGAAUGAGAAGGAAAGAACACGCUUUGAGAACCUGGGUCCCCAAUUAACAGGAAAGUCAAGUGAAGAUGGAAAGCUGGGCCCUGGUGUCAUCGAUCUGACUCGGCCAGAGGACGCAGAAGGAAGCAAAGCAAUGAAUGGCUCUGCAGCUAAACUACAGCAGUAUUAUUGUUGGCCAACAGGAGGCGCCACUGUGGCUGAAGCACGCGUCUACAGGGAUGCCCGAGGCCGUGCCAGCAGCGAGCCCCACAUCAAGCGACCAAUGAAUGCGUUCAUGGUUUGGGCAAAGGACGAAAGGAGGAAAAUUCUUCAGGCCUUCCCUGACAUGCAUAACUCCAACAUUAGCAAAAUCUUAGGAUCUCGCUGGAAAUCCAUGUCCAACCAGGAGAAGCAACCUUACUAUGAAGAGCAGGCCCGGCUAAGCAAAAUCCACCUAGAGAAGUACCCAAACUACAAGUACAAACCCCGGCCGAAGCGCACGUGCAUUGUGGACGGCAAGAAGCUCCGGAUCGGGGAGUACAAGCAGCUGAUGCGCUCACGAAGGCAGGAGAUGCGACAGUUCUUCACUGUGGGGCAACAGCCUCAGAUUCCCAUCACCACAGGAACAGGUGUUGUGUAUCCUGGUGCUAUUACUAUGGCAACGACCACACCAUCACCUCAGAUGACAUCUGACUGCUCUAGCACCUCUGCCAGCCCAGAGCCCAGCCUCCCUGUCAUCCAGAGCACGUAUGGUAUGAAGAUGGACGGCGCGAGCCUGGCUGGGAACGACAUGAUUAAUGGCGAGGAUGAAAUGGAAGCCUAUGACGACUACGAAGAUGAUCCCAAAUCAGACUAUAGCAGCGAAAACGAGGCCCCAGAGCCUGUCAGUGCCAACUGAGGAGCUUUUGUUUGCUGAAUUAAAACACUCUGACAUUUCGCUCCCUUUCCCCAACAACAACAACAAAGUUCUUAAAGAGCCCGCAUGCAUUUGUGGCUCCACAAUACAUCAGCAGAAUGGUCUUAAUUGCUUCGUAACGUGUGAGACAGAUGACGUUUUCCUGAUUUUUCAUAAACUUGAGUUUUUGUCGUUACCGUUACUGUUGUUGUUUAUUUAGGUGAAGAUGUAUUAAAUAUGAGACACCGGGACUUGGAAACCUAUCUCCGCCCAUCGCCGUCUUACGAGUCUUACAUUUCUGUCUUACUAUUUUUCUUUUGGAUGUUGACAAAGGGUUUAAGUUACUGUUUUAGAUGGGGUUAAACAUUCUCACUCAGGUAUGCUGUGCCGGCUACAGGUUGUGAAUGUGUUUUUAUUCUGAAUUACUUUAGAAAAAUAACUGAGGGUUUCGUAUUGUGAAACCGGACAAGUCCACGGCGUGAGCGGCUGCAUAUAGAACAUGGUCAAAAGGCCUCGGAAUUCCAUUGUUUUUUUCCAUGUGUAGAAUUCAACUUUGAAUGUGCCAAACUUUUUUCAUAACUUUUGAAUCUUAACUAUUUUGAAAGUCUUACAGGAGACACUGCAAAGUCUUAGACAAUCUUUGGCAUCUUAAAAUAAAAUAGCAAACCACAUUUUUUUUUCCAGAAAAUGGUGAAGUACUCAGGAAUCUGGAGACAAGAUAUUGUAAGGAAUGAGCAAGGCUACCACAGUGCGUGAACCCAAUUGUGUUUGCCUAUUGAUGUGCCAUCGGUGUGUGGCGUGGGUUGACAUAGAUCAGAGCAAUCACCACAGCAGACACCACACGGUGGGCUCCCCUGUCUGAGACCACAGCAGACACCAACACGGUGGGCUCCCCUGUCUGAGACCACACCGGACACCAACACGGUGGGCUCCCCUGUCUGAGACCACCUCUCACUACAUCCAUUCUUCCUUGCCUUUUGCCCUGACAUUCAACCUUAACACAUUGUUCUCUUAAAUAAUUUAUUCAUUCCAGAAUGUCAAGGGUCCACUUACUAUUUAUUUUAAAAAUUAUUGGUGGCAUUAAUUUAAUAUUUUUCCUUCCUUGCCCUUUAACCUCUUCUUCCUGCUGGAUACAAAAGAUGUACAUAGCAACCUCGUGUCCCCAGAGUCCAUGGAGACGUCUCUGAAGUGAUGCUAGCCAUGCAUACAUGGUUGUUUUUAAAAAUGAGUGUAUAUCUGGCUGCAGGGUUGUGCAUCUGCAUCAAGAUGUCCUACAUUUAAACAUGUAUGCCCCCAGGAGUCACUGUGACCUCAGGUCUUUGACUAGAGUUUCUCCUUCAUUCAGUUUUUCAGUAAACAGUAGAACCUGAGUUCCAUUCAGCAGUGAGGGUCAGCAGUGGUUACUGCCAGUCAAGGAGCCUCUCACAGCCACUCUGAAGUCCAAGGGCCAUGGGCCAUACAGGAGUCUACAUUGGAGCUGGCAUGCUGUCACCUUUACUGAGCUACCUGGUCCCAGCUGGCACAUCCAUGGAGAUCUUUGCAAAAUCUGCAGGUUGUUAGACAAUUUAAAGGAAAGACUGGGUGAAAGGAAAGCACAGGGAAGGGAAAGUACAGGUGUGCUGCCAGCUCUUAGGGGCACAUGGCGUCUGGAGGUACCCGCCAGCUCCUCUGACGACCUGGUUUCUCAGUGUCUGUGAACGCUGCUGAUCUGCUCCUGUUGCUCAAGGUGAGCCCUGGAGACAUGCUGCAGGGCUGUGAGGGAUCCAGGUUCCCUCUCCCAUCUCCUAACUACAGGUAGUUCUACUAAGUUGUGAGUUUGACCAUCCUAAAGCCAAGCCUGUUGCUUACAAGAAGCCUUACUCAGAGCCCUUCGGUAGGAGGUGUCAGUGAACAGUACAGCCUAGCAUCUAAGCAUCAGGACAAAGAACAGCUCCAUCAAGAAUUGAGCCAUUUUGUCACUUGGGAAAAAGUAGUAAAACGUCAUAUUUAUUUAAAGAGUGCUCCAGGCCAUACCUAAUAGCAAUAAAUAUGGGUCUAGCCAAGAGAUGACCAGCUGAGUCAUUAGCUGUGAGUGCUCGCCAUAAGCUGUUUAAGGUACUGCUAGGAAUGUUUUGUUCUUAAUAUUAUUAACGGGGUAUUGGAACUUUGUUCUCGCACAUUGUUUUCAUAUGAGGAGGAAGUCACUUUUCAAAAACAAGAUGAGUAUUUAUUAUGUCUUACUGAUUUCUUGGACUCUCUCUCCUCAGUUUCUCCUCAUGCUUCCCCACUUCUCUUUGGCUUCUGCUCUCAUUGGUAUGUUUGUUUCUGUUUUUGUUUGUUUGUUCUUUUUUUAAGGAAAAAACUGUGCUGCAUAGGUAGGAUGUUGUAUGGCUAGCAUUGAAUUGUAUGUAAUUAAUUUUGCACAAAGGCAAACAUUUAGCAUAGUAGUUAAUUUUGUUUGUUAUUAUGACCAUGCCAAAAUAAUAUUCUGGGCUAGUAGAGAACAAAGGACUGUUCUUUAGGACUGAAACUUGAUUUUACUUGUAGUAAGAAAAAGAAAAAGAAAAGGAAAAGAAUCCCACACACUCACAGACGUUGUUUCGUACGUGUUACAAGCACUGGAUAUAAAUGGUAUUUUUAUCACUGACUAAUGUGAAACUGGUAUGGAAACCAUGAACAAAAGUCACCUGUUUCGACUCGUGUGGGCUUGCCUCACAGUUGCCGGAUCUGAGUCAUUUUUAUGUCUUGUUAUUUCAUUUAUUUAUGCAAAAUACAUGUGUGUAGGAACACUCUGUGUCAGCUCCAGCUUGGCCUCAGCACUGGGGUUCAGUAACUUCUAGCCAUAUUCUCAAGUACAAAAGCUGUCCGGGAAUGACUGGGUAUGAGCGCCUCUUUCAUUGGCUCAGACAGUGAUGCUGUAUUGAAAUCUAAAUUUUGUGCAUACACAGUUUAUUCUAUUUAUUAGCCACACUUGGCUCUAAAUAUCCAUGGGGAUGGAGAACGACGAUCACAGAGAUGACUUACACCAGUGGGGCUUAAGCAAAGUUUUAUGACUUCACCAUCUCAUUUUUAGAGUUUUCUAAUUGUGUAAAUAUAACAUAGAAAUAGAAUUUAUUUUUGGUUCAUGAAUUCCUAGUGACAUAUAAGUUAUGUAUCUUCUUUCUUCUGUUCUCUAUUCAUAUGUGUUGCUCCACACUAAAAGCUGGCCGUCACAGUUAGUGUGGACAGAGAGUUAUCAGCUCCAGCGAGGCAGCAUCCAUCCUCAGCCAAGACAGCAAGACCCCUAGCUGGUCCUCACACAGCCUGGAACCCACUGGCCCCAACUCAGACUCCCCAUCUCCACAUAGAGAGCUGCGGAGCUGCACACACUGAGUUUCCAGCAGAGUUGAAAGGAAGUCAGUUUGCUUUGGUAAUCCAGACCCAUCUGCCCAGAUAGCUCUGUGGCCCUAGAAUGGCAAGAAGCAGGGGUUGCAUUUCAGAGGUAAAGAUCUGCCUGCAAGGUUAGUAUAAACCCCACAGCACCAGCCCAGGGCAAUCCAAAGUCACCUUCUUGCAGUGUUCCGUUCCCCAUUUUACACUAGCUUUAAAUCAAAGGCCAGGUUUGUCUCCGUCAGAGCACUCACAGAAUCGGGUCUUUCUUUACCAACUGGGAAUAGCAGUACUGAUAGCCUUCCUGCUAAUGAACAGGGUCUAUGGACUAGGAAGGAAGGGCAGAGAGGAAGGAAUACAGGGACACAGAGAGAAGGUUCAUCCAUGGACAUGAGAAGCCUAGUUGGCAACUUCUCUUCCUUGCUGGCAAAUUCCAGGCCAUGUUGUUUUCGCAAACACUCUCUCAACCUUUCAGGUUUGCAUCACGCGGCAUUUGAUACCUUCUAGCCUGUCCUCAGUCUGCAUUCCUUCUCCAAGGCCUGGUACUGACUCCCAGGACAGCUUCUAAAUUCAGGUGUGGGCUCACAGUGCUAUUCCACUUGUCAAAUGCUGGCCUCCUCUGGACAUUUGCCCUGUGUGAGCCGGGAGUGCUAAAAAAGGGUGUGAUCCCUCUAGGGCUGACACCAGGCUCCUGCAGAGCUAGGCUGCAUCUCUAGUAUAAAGCCUCCUGAGCCAGGAGCUCAGUGUCAGGGAUGACCACCUCCUUCAAGAGAAACAUGGGCUGGUCAUGCUGAUGCCACCGAGGAUGGUGCUGCUCUCCAGUCACUCACUUCCAAUAAACUGACUUUACCAACUUCUUCGAGAAAGGCAACACACAGAACUUCAUAGUUUUGAGCCAUAGAAGUUCUGUACCAAGUGUCAACAACAGCAAAGAUCUGUGUGUAGAAGAUUCAGUUGGGAUGAUGGCUGGGUCUCUCUCUUUACCGAGAAAGCAGCAGCCGCAUUGGCUGUGCCUUUGCUUGGCAUGCACAUUUCUAAGGCUCGGGCUGACACUUGAGUUCAUUCUCCAAGUAUAAUGACAGCAGUGACCUUGCCUGUCCCACCUGCUCUGCUUUAUUUAGGCCCUCUACCCCUGAUGUGGCUUCCUCAUGGGCAGGUAUUCCUUCUGCCAAUCACGUUUCUGAUACCACACACGAUCAUGGGUCUGCACAGCAAAAGUAGAUUGAAAGUCACAACACUGCAAGCAUAGAUCCUUUUUGUCCCCAUCCUGUCCUUUCCAAACACCUAUAAACUGGUACUCGAGGACAGAGGUGGAGUGAGGGAGGGAGGGAUGGAGAGUCACGGCUUCCUGCAGAUUCUUCUAUUAACAAGGAAGCUGGUGCAAAGUAAAGAGGUGACGUUUCUUGCUGGUCCUAUGUCCACAGAACUGCAGGCGGAGAGCAGGGCUUCCAUGGGUGGCACUUGGAGUCUGGGGAAUGUGCAAACAUGUAAUUGCCAUCGCCACACGUCGCAGGGAUGCUGGUGUGCGUCCUCCAUUGUCUUUCUUCAUCAGAGAGCACUUACUCUCUCCCCUUUGAAACGCAGCCUUCGUUGUAUCCCUCUCCAGCUUGUAGCACAUUAGCAUGUUUAGCACUCAUUUUUGCUCAUUCUUGUAUUUGCCAUGUACAAUUCUGAAUUACCUUAUACAAGCCUCUAAGCUGUUACUACAUAACUUAUCUUACUGUAACUCUUUUCUUUGCCCAUUGUAAUUUGUUUGUGAUGUAUAUUGUGAGAUUGUAUUCUAUGUUAAUUUAAUCAGCACAACUCACUGACAUGCUGGACUGACAUGCUGGCUGCUGUUUUGAAGUGUAAAGCUUGUGCAGGGCUGUCCGGACAACUACAACUCUGUUGUCAAGGUACUGUGCAUUGGUUCCCAUAGCAACACUGUGGGUGUGACCCUUGAAAUUCUAGGGACAUUUAGCACACCCUCCAGCAAAUUUUAAGUGCAGAUUUUCUUUGUUGAAACUCUAUGAAUACCACAGGUACCUAUGUGGCCCAUGGCUGGUAACUAUUUUGGGCAAUUAGAAAAACAAACAAGCAUUAAAAAAAUAGUGUCUAUUGCUGCUUUGAAUAUGUUUGAAAGUCUGAAAAUGUAAAUAGUUUAUCAAAAAAAAAUCUUGUACAGUCCAGUGUAAAGUUUUUAAAUGACCUGAAGGGUUACCAUCACAGCUUUCGCACACUCUCCUCUGGAUAGUGAUAAAAAGAAGUUUGCUAAGGACUUAAAGAAUUGGAAAAAAAACAAAACAACAGAAUCUCUUCCAACAGAAAGGAGUGGCUCAUGGCCCCUAGCUUUGUCACAUACACAGACCUCUUGGAUCUUGUUGGACAGUAUUGGCAUGAGACAAACUCAGCAUGGAACACCCUCCAGUGGGACUUGUUCAGGGCUUUCCUGCUCUGCCUCACGAUUAAGGGACAGGAUGAGAUAGAAAGGCACGCCGUCUUUGUCUAUCCUGGAAUAUGUUGGCACCUUAGCUACUUCCCCCCUUUGCACAAGGUGCUUUCCCGAUCUGUGUUAGACACGCCAUCUUGGGUGAUGAUGUAUAUGCCAUGAGAGGGCUCAGGCCCGCGGGGAGUGUCUAUAGGAACUGCCUAUUUAUGCUCAUUUACCUCAAGACUGUCCUCUACCCUAAACUAGUUGUCAUCACUCCAUCUUUUGUACUGCUGUUGACACUUACCAAUUAAAGAUAAAUUUUGUUUUAUGA